UAAACCUCAUAGUUCCUUACCACCUUUACUGGUUCAUAUGCUUUUUUUAUCAGUGUUUCUGCGCGCUUUUUGCUUUGUUCAGACCUCUGGAAAACCCUGACUUGGAUCUCUUUCUCGUGCGCUGACGGUGACUUGAAAAGCCUUUGUGCCCCAUUAGGGUGUGUGGCCUGUCCCAUUCGCUCUUCUGAACCCUGAACCCCCCUAAAGGCUUUCUCUCCUUCCCUGUGGUCUCUAUGGCGCUUGAGAAGCUUAUGCGCUUCGGGAAGCAGUUGCUAAGGGUGAAGGUGGUGAACUGCAACUCCGAGGACUCCCGUCUGUCCCGAUGUCUCAACACUUUUGACCUGGUAGCCCUGGGUGUGGGCAGUACGUUAGGCGCUGGCGUUUACGUACUUGCUGGUGCAGUAGCACGAGAUAAUUCAGGUCCUGCUAUUGUGCUGUCUUUCCUGAUAGCAGCCUUAGCUUCAGUGUUGGCUGGUCUUUGCUAUGCUGAGUUUGGAGCCCGUGUUCCCAAAACGGGCUCAGCUUAUCUUUACUCCUAUGUGACAGUAGGAGAACUCUGGGCCUUCAUCACUGGGUGGAACCUCAUCCUCUCCUACAUCAUUGGUACCUCCAGUGUGGCCCGUGCAUGGAGUGCCACCUUUGAUGAAUUGGUAGGAAAGCAUAUAGAGCACUUCUGCAGAGAGUACAUGUCUAUGAAUGCACCGGGUGUAUUGGCACAGUACCCUGACAUGUUUGCUGUUCUCAUCAUAGUAACUCUUACAGGUCUUCUUGCAUUUGGAGUGAAAGAGUCAGCGAUGGUGAACAAGGUUUUUACAUGUGUCAACGUCCUCGUCCUGUUGUUCAUGGUGGUCUCUGGCCUGGUCAAAGGCACUUUGAAGAACUGGCAGUUAGACCCUGAGGAGAUAUUACGUGUCAACUAUACAAAUAACUCAAUUCACAAUUUGACUGACACUCUUCCCGCCAAGGAGAGUUUAGGAGUGGGGGGCUUCAUGCCAUUUGGUUUCACUGGAGUCCUCUCAGGAGCAGCUACUUGUUUCUAUGCCUUUGUGGGAUUUGACUGCAUUGCCACUACAGGCGAAGAGGUGAAGAAUCCCCAGAGAGCCAUUCCUAUUGGCAUUGUUUCCUCACUGCUGAUCUGUUUUGUGGCCUACUUUGGUGUUUCUGCUGCCCUCACCCUCAUGAUGCCAUACUAUCUUCUGGACAGCAACAGUCCUCUGCCUGUAGCUUUUAAAUAUGUGGGCUGGGGUGGAGCCAAGUAUGCUGUAGCUGUAGGCUCUCUGUGUGCUCUGUCUACCAGCCUGCUGGGUGCUAUGUUCCCUAUGCCCCGUGUGAUCUGGGCUAUGGCUGACGAUGGGCUGCUUUUCAAGUUCAUGGCCGAGAUCAGCCCCCGCACCAAAACCCCGCUAAUUGCAACCCUCGCCUCUGGCACAGGGGCAGCUAUCAUGGCAUUUCUAUUUGACCUGAAGGACCUGGUGGACCUGAUGUCUAUAGGGACCCUGCUGGCCUAUACAUUAGUAGCAGCCUGUGUGCUUGUGCUCAGGUACCAGCCCGAGCAGCUCAGCCCAAUGUACCACUUUGCGAACUGUCAAGAUGAGGCGGACUUGAGUGAUGGCAUUGGUGCCCCCAGUAUGGGCAUCCUGCCUGGCGUGGAGGAGAGGUUCAGCUUUCAGACCCUCUUUUUUCCAGACAACCCUGAGCCAUCCACUCUAUCAGGCUUCACUGUCAACAUUUGUACCUCCAUCAUGGGAAUGCUGAUCCUGACCUUCAGUAUACUGGCAGUGCAGGGAGGUUUUGCUGCGUGGAACAUGGUAGCCCUCAGCAUCAUCUUCAUGGUGUGUAUCCUCCUGGUCUUCAUCAUAUGGAGGCAGCCUGAGAGCAGGACAAAACUCUCUUUCAAGGUCCCCCUGCUGCCCUUCAUUCCAGUAAUCAGCAUGUUUGUCAAUGUCUACCUGAUGAUGCAGCUCGACAGAGGCACCUGGAUUAGAUUUUCAGUCUGGAUGGCCAUAGGUUUAGUGAUCUACUUAGGCUACGGCAUCCAUCACAGCUCUGAAGGAGCUACGUCCCGCUCUUCUCUAGAGACCGAGAUGAAUGGCUUCAAGCUUGACCGCAAACUAGAAGCUAUGUCAACAGAAAAAGAGGCCUUUCUCCAUGACGGCAUUGACGUCAGGGAAGACAACGAUGGAGAUUUGUAGGACACUUCAUGUCAGCCUGCUCUGACAUUAGUGUGUAGAUUGUUUAUUGCCUGGAUAUAUCCCACUCCUUCACUGGCAGUGUUCCAUUUCGGAGAAAGCUUUUAUAAACAACUGACCCAAAAUUUGUAAACUUUGUCUUUCUCCCUCAGCCGCUGGGUAGAACACAGACAGCUGGUGAUGAUCCUCAAGCAAAAAAACAGAUGUUUAAAGUUAUAAUUGGCAUGUUCUGCAGUAUCAGUACAUUGCAGGUUGUUACCCCCUUUGCAUGGCCUGGAGAGUCCGUGGCUCAUUAUUGCUUGGCUGUUGGUGGAGGGAAGCCUCACGAUGGACACAUGAAGAAUGACAGUGUUAAAUUGAAGUUCAGAAAAGGGUGAGAUUGUGUUACAUUUUCUGCUUAUGUUGGGUUCUAUUAGUUUGCAAUGUAUCUGGAUUAUAUUGCUGGUGGUGGGACUAAAUAAUAGCAGGGGCCAGACAGAUACUUUUUUCAGGUUUUUUUUUUUUUUUUUUUUUUUUUCAGGGGAGGGGGUCAAUUAAAACAACUACAUAUUUAAAUAAUUUUAAACAUUAUUCUAGAUAUAUUCACCAAAAAGGGCCUGCUCUGUGUGCUGCUCACUUAUUUCAUGCCGAUUCAUUAAAUAAAGCUUUGGUUGUCAUCAGAUGGUAGCCAGAUGUUUCUAGAGUUGGUUCAAGUUUUCUGAACCCUUUUUGUUCUCUGCUUGACUGUUAAUAUAUCAUUUAAGAAUGAUUGGUCAAUAUGUCUUGGUUUGCAAGCCAACAGGAAACAGAAACCAGAAAGCUUUGGGUGCAAAAAUCCUAUCCAUUGCCAACAGAUACUGCAUACUUAGAAAUCUGUUAAAAGAAAUGUCAGUGAAAAUUACCAGUGCAACUGGUGUUGCUCCUUCGACAGCACUGGUAGGCAUGUCAGAGCUUGUAUGACACAUAUAGGAUGUAUUCUAGUCCAAAGAGUAUCAGGAACCUUCUAAUUAAUAAUGAUGGUUUUGAAUAAUGACAGCUGCUAAAAUACACUAUUACACUAAUACACUAAUGGAAAAAAAAAGUAGAUGAUAAUGGAUUGUCACAGUGCUGGCUGCUGUG